AUCUCUAGCCAUCUGUGCCAGGCGCACGCAGAAACGAAUAGACGGCAACCAGUCCAAACGCGCCGAUUUUGGCACUUUUUAGAGGUUAUCACUUGU